GACGGCUCCGGGAUCGACUGGCCGCGCCUGCACAAGAUGGCGCCCUCGGAGCAGGCGGAGGAGCAGCGCCAGCCGAGCUCUCCUCCAGCGGCGGAGGAGGUUGCGCCCAGGGAGCAGCUGAUUACCACGGCAGCGAAGUUCUUGCAAAACAAAGAAGUGCGCCAGAGUCCGUUAUCAGCAAGAAAAUCCUUCUUAAAGAAAAAAGGAUUAACUGACGAAGAAAUCGACCUAGCACUACAGCAGGCAGAGACUGCGACAGAUGAAACACUAUUGCCCAUAGUACAACAGCAUCAAAUAGAACCUUCAGAUUAUGCCACUGUGCCAUACGGUUCUCCGAAUUCCAGGUGGCGGGAAUAUGGCGCCUUAGCGAUUUUCAUGACCGGGAUUGCGUUCGGCUUUCACCAUCUAUACAAGAAAUAUAUUCUGCCUGUUCUACUGGGCAGCAAAGAAGACAAGAAGCAUCUGCAGAGGAUUGAGGCAGGCAUUACGGAGCUAAGUGGGACCAUGACACAGACAGUGACGCAAAUACAAACCAAUCUCGCUGCAGUGCAACGGCUACUGACACAACAACAGGAGAGGCUACAAGAGCUCUCCCGGGAGCUGGCUAGCCGCAAGGCUUCUACAUCCACAAACUCUCUUCUGGAAUCUCAGAGUCUCAGUGAACUGAAAGCUGAGAUCACUUCGCUGAAAGGACUUCUUCUGAGCAGGCAACAGUUCCCUGCGUCUCCGUCCGCUCCAAAGAUCCCCUCUUGGCAGAUUCCCGUCAAGCCGCCCUCGAUAGCCACGUCCAUCUACAGCCCGAGCCCCAGCAGUAGCGACAUCUCGUCCGUCUGCACAGCCUCCUCCUCCCCAGCCGAGGAGAACAACAUCCUCGAGGGCUCGACCCCCAUCGCCAUCGUCCUGAACAACGAGGACCUCGACAUCAAGUGUCAGGUCAGGAUGGAGGUCCAGGGGGAAGAGGAGAAGAAACAAGAGGGCGAGGAAGAGGACGAAGACGAUGACGUGAGUCACGUGGAUGAAGAGGAGUGCCUGAGCGUGCAGACGGAAGACAGGAAGGGCGGAGACGGACAGAUUAAUGAACCGGUGGAUAACCCACGGUGCCCGGAAGGUGCCAGCAACGAGAAUGACGUUGACUGAUUAGCGAGGAUGAAUUUCGGUCGGUCGGUCGGCCCUCAUGACAAAAUGUUCUAUAAUUCCAUUAAUUUACUGUAAAUAUCUUGCUUCCUGCA